AUGUCUUGGCUUUUUUUAGAUCAUGACUUUUAUCAGACUAAUCUACAAGUACAGAUCAAUUCUUCUAUUGAACAGAGUACAGAACGAACUGAAGAAUAUCCUAAUGAAAAUAAUGCUAGAGAAGAAGAAUUUACUAUGGCUCUGUUUAAAAAUUUAUUAGGAAAAAUACUGUCGAAUCCCUUGGUGAAGGUAACUAUUAUUAUAAUUUUUAUUAUUAAUUUAUCGUUAGGAAUUUUCGGCACAUUUUUCAUAAAAGACGGUGUUAAAUACGAACAUUUAUUUGAAAAAGACUCCCUGAUUACAGAAGGCAUUAGAAUAAAUUUCAAGUAUUUUACACGUUACUCAUAUCCUUUUCACAUAAUUAUUAAUGAAACGUUGGAUUACUCAAACAUAAAAAUUCAAAAUUCCAUAAAAACUCUGUUAAGGAAAUUCGAAGAACAUCCCAAUAUCGCUGGAGAAGAAUUCGCUGUAUCCUGGAUGAAAUUCUACAAAGAAUUUCAGAAAACUCCCGUAGCAAAGUUUUCUUUACAAGGUUACAAUAUGUCAAAUGAACGAGACUUCAUCGAUGGGCUACGCAAUGUAUUUUUCAAUAUCAGAGCUGCUCAGUCAUUUUCUAAUGAUGUUGUCUUUAACAGCAACAAUACUCAUAUCCUAUACAGUAGGUUUUUUAUUAUGGGAAAAGAAUUGAGUUCGUCACAAAUAGAAACAGAUUUACUAAGAGAUUUAUUAAAAAUUGCUGACGAAUCCGACAUUGCUGUCCUAGUGCAUUGUAUUAAGUCAAGUGUAAUUGAACAAGGAAUCAUCAUUCGACAAAUGAUUUACCAAUUGUUUUGGAUCACUGCUGUACUAAUAACGGCAACCUUUUUAAUAUUCGUACCAAGCAUAUCGGUCUCGAUUGUUGUUGCAAUAUCUGUAGUAUGUACAGUUGUCGAAACUUUAGGUUACAUGUCUCUGUGGGGGAACAACUUAGAUAUUAUUUCAAUGAUGAGUCUUAUUCUAUGUGUAGGAUUUAGCGUGAAUUAUCCUGCUCAUAUUUCCUACGCUUAUUUCAUGUCACAUUGUAAAACAGCGAAUGAAAAACUGAAAGACUCUCUGUAUCGUUUAGGCUUUCCAAUACUGCAAGGAUCUAUGACCACAGCAUUAGGAAUAUUAAUUUUAUAUUCUGAUACAUAUUUUCUUUUGGCAUUUGUGAAAAUUGUAAUUCUUGUUGCUAUGGAAACUGCUUUUCACGCGUUAUUUUUUAUUCCAGUCAUUCUGGCGCUCGUUUUUGCUAUUUUUUAA